GCGCGUUCAGCGGGCGCGCCAUGGGGAACGGCAGCGCCGCUGACCACGGUGGGCUGUUGCCUGGGCGUGGGCCAGAGUCCCUGGGGACCAGCGCCGGGCUCGGGGGCGCGGGCGUGGCGGCGCUGGUGGGGGGCGUGCUGCUCAUCGGCAUGGUGCUGGCCGGGAACUCUCUGGUGUGCGUGAGCGUGGCCUCCGAGCGCACCCUGCAGACUCCCACCAACUACUUCAUCGUGAGCCUGGCCGCCGCCGACCUCCUCCUCGCGGUGCUGGUGCUGCCCCUGUUUGUCUACUCCGAGGUCCAGGGUGGCGUGUGGCUGCUGAGCUCCCGUCUCUGCGACACCCUCAUGGCCAUGGACGUCAUGCUGUGCACAGCCUCCAUCUUCAACCUGUGCGCCAUCAGCGUGGACAGGUUCGUGGCUGUGACUGUGCCGCUGCGUUACAACAGUCAGGGCCAGCGCCAGCUGCUGCUCAUCGCCGCCACGUGGCUGCUGUCGGCCGCGGUGGCCGCCCCGGUGCUGUGCGGCCUCAACGACGUGCCGGGCCGCGACCCAACCGUGUGCCGCCUGGAGGACCGCGACUACGUGGUCUACUCGUCCGUGUGCUCCUUCUUCCUGCCCUGUCCGCUCAUGCUGCUGCUUUACUGGGCCACUUUCCGUGGCCUGCGGCGCUGGGAGGCAGCCCGGCACGCCAAGCUUCACAGCCGCGCGCCGCGCCGACCCAGCGGCCCGGGCCCCCCGGGGUCAGACCCUGCUCAGGGCCCGUUCUUGCCACACUGCCCACCCCCAUCACCCAGCCUCCUGCCGGGUCCCAGCGGCUCCGGCGUGCGGGAGCCAGACCCCUCCGGGAGCCCCUGCAGCGCCGAGCUUCCGCUCCCCGAGGCACCCGCGCCGCCCGCGCCGUCUUGCCGCGGAAGAAGAGGCGCCAAGAUCACCGGAAGGGAGCGCAAGGCGAUGAGGGUCCUGCCGGUUGUAGUCGGGGCCUUCCUGAUGUGUUGGACGCCUUUCUUCGUGGUGCACAUCACGCGGGCGCUGUGUCCGGCUUGUUUCGUGCCUCCAAGCCUGGUCAGUGCGGUCACCUGGCUAGGCUAUGUCAACAGUGCCCUCAACCCCGUCAUCUACACCGUCUUCAACGCGGAGUUUCGCAGCGUCUUCCGCAAGAUUCUCCGUCUCCGCUGCUGAAAGGGCAGCUGCUGUCCUGAGGUCAAGGAGAUCCGAGCCUGUGUGCGGAGUGCGCGGGCGCACAUUGGUCUGAUUGAAUGAAAUCAUCUAUGAAGGCUGAGGGUUGGAGGAGAGCAAGGGAAAGAUUGCCUGACCGAUGGGGCCUGCCUGCCUCCUUCCGCCUUGCUGACUCAGCUCCAGGAGGUUGCUGAAGUCUCCCCUGCCCCGGAGAGUUAGGUAAAGGACUACAGCAGGCUGUUUCCCCUCGAGAGGAAAAGUGAACAAGUGUCCUCCUCGGAGAGGAGCGAGAGGAGUUCUCUGGGACUGCUGGGUCACCAGGACCCUGUCCAGGGUAGCUUUUGCUCCUUGGAGAACUAGGUAGGGAAGGCUCCGCUGUCACUGAGGGGGCGGGCCCCCAUUUUGGAAGUUUUCUGAGUACAAUACAAAUAAAUAGUU